GAGUAAAAAAAAAAAAACCAUUUUCUGCGCAGUUGUAUGUGUGGAUACAUUUAUUCUGAAGGAGGGACGGAAGUCUUGUCGUUGCUGCCGCUGAUUGAGCGCAGGCUAGCCAAGAUGGCGGAAUACUUGGCGUCCAUUUUUGGGACAGAGAAAGAUAAGGUCAACUGCUCUUUUUAUUUUAAAAUUGGUGCAUGCCGACAUGGCGACCGCUGCUCCAGAUUACACAAUAAACCAACAUUCAGCCAGACAAUUGCCCUCCUGAACAUUUACAGGAACCCUCAGAACAGUGCCCAGUCUGCUGAUGGCCUCACCUGUGCUAUCAGUGACAUGGAGAUGCAGGAGCACUAUGAUGAGUUUUUUGAGGAAGUCUUCACAGAGAUGGAGGAAAAGUACGGAGAGGUGGAGGAGAUGAACGUGUGUGACAACCUCGGUGACCACCUUGUAGGAAAUGUGUAUGUGAAGUUCCGCUAUGAAGAGGAUGCUGAGAAGGCUGUGAUAGACCUGAAUAACCGGUGGUUUAACGGACAGCCCAUCCAUGCUGAGCUCUCUCCCGUAACAGACUUCAGAGAAGCCUGUUGUCGCCAAUACGAAAUGGGGGAAUGUACUCGUGGUGGCUUCUGCAACUUCAUGCAUCUGAAGCCCAUCUCACGUGAACUCAGGAGGGAGCUCUAUGGUCGUCGGAGGAAGGGCGGCGGCGGCGGUGGCGGUGGUGGUGGCGGCGGCGGCGGCGGUGGUGGUGGUGGUGGCGGCGGCGGCGGCCGCCAUAGGUCCCGGUCUCAGUCGAGAGAGAGACGAUCUCGCUCUAGGGACAGAGGUCGAGGAGGAGGAGGUGGUGGCGGAGGUGGUGGUGGUGGAGGAGGAGGCGCUGGAGGUGGUGGCCGUGACCGCGAGAGACGUCGCUCCAGAGACAGAGAGCGUUCAGGACGAUUCUAAAGCAGCAGCCAUGACUACUUUUCCCUCCCUCCCUGUAUCCACCCCCAGUCUUUUUUUUAAGUUUGUACCCUUCCAGAACUAUUCUAGGACUUAUUAAAAGGUACCAGAUUUUGAAGCUGUGACGGCAUUGAUAAACAUGUUUUUUUCUUGAUUUCUGAAAAUUUCUUUCACUUCCAUUAAAUUUAACAUUUUUACUGA